AUGGACAAGCCUACGAUGCUAUCGCGGCGCGAGCUGCCAAAGACAACCUUGAUAUACAUCAUCGUCGGCGUUGUCGUCGGCGUAACUUGCACCGUCGGGGUCAUUGUGUUUCUGGUAAUCAGACAUCGCAAAGGUCAAAAGUACAGCCAACUGAGGAAGAGGAGCACGACUGCCACCACGAACAACAACCGAGAGUCUUACAGGAAAAGCAUCAUGUCGACCGUUUCCGAGGUGGACGAUGCCCAGAGGCAGGCCAUGAUUCGGAAAUCGCUGGCGACGCGAAGCUCUAUGAUGACGUUAAAUACUAUGAUGAUGGACUCAAGCUCGGUGUAUACCGCGCCUCAUCCGCUGGAUCGCACCGCAUCUCACUUCUUAUACCGUCCAGUCUCUCAUCCGUUGGAGGAAGCCAUCACAGAAGCCGCCACAGAAACACCUACAGAAACCACUGCAGCAGCUGUUACAGAAACCGCCACGGAAACUCAGGAACCUCACCCUCCUCCGUCGCGAGAUGAGGAAUCGCGGGAUGAAGAAUCGUUGAUCGGCCUCAAGGCUGACUGGAAGGAGUGGGAAGCGAGACUACACGAGAACCAAUCCCUCUCGCUCGACCUUCAUCCAGCUAUAGCUCCCGAGCGAAAGGAUUCUACCGGCUCCAACGGCUCCCACGGAGAAUAUCGUCUGGCUAAUGGUCGGCCCACUCGAGCCCACCUCAGCCUUAUCACGUCUGAGCUCGACCGGCGCUCAGAGCCACCCAUGAGUCGGCCAAAUUCAGUUGUUUCUGUCAAAUCUAAUAGAUCGCUGCCCAUGAAGUAUGAUGUUAGACGAGACACACGCUCUCCUCAACGAGACACACGCUCUCCUCAUCAACUACAACAUUCAUGGACGGCCUCUUAA